AUGGCAAAGAGAAGGAAACCAGCAACAAAAGCUCCGUCUCGUCGGUCGACUCGACGCGGGAAACAAGUCGAAGCUACAAAUACAACAGUCGGCGAGACAUCAACUUCAACUGAACCUCCCUCUGAACCAUCAGCGGAAGAUCAGCAACCUCCUGAUAUUAAAAAUGAGUCUGCGGUCGAUUCUGGACCAAAAAUAAACUCACCGUCAAAUUUACAGUCUUUGAAAACGAUUUCAGGUAAUGCAAUUCCAAUUGUUGCUUUACAUAAGAAAUUUGGUAAAUAUCGAUGUUUGUUUAACAAUGACGAUCAAUUUAGCAAAAAAUAUGAAAUAGGCAGUGACAGUGAAACUAAUAGUAGUGUAGAGAUCAGAGUUGUGGACCCGUGUGCAAGUUCUGAGUCCGAUGCCGCAUUGGAUACUCAAUCUGACACCAAUAGUGGAGCUUGCUCUAGUCCUCUUACUUUACCUGUUAAUUCAAUACAAAGAAGUUCAAGGGAAACUUCACCUCCUAUGAGUUUUAGUGAAACACAGAGUAAAAAUAUAUUGUUAAAAACUAAAACCUCAGAGAGUGGAGAAAAAACUAGUGACAAUUUAGAAAAUACAAAACCAUUACAAGAAAUGAAAAUUAAUGUUACAAAUACUAUACAAAAUGAGGAUGUCUUACUUUCCAAUGAGCAAAUCAAUCAAGAAAACCAUCAAGCUACAUUAGAAGAACAAUUAGAAUAUGGGGACGAUGAUGAAGUUAUCACAAUUGUACAAAUCGUUGAGGAUGACAAUCAGGAACUUUACUAUAACAUUAAUAUUGAAAGUCCAAAUCCAGCACAACUUCAACAGGAAGACAAUGCUGGAAAACAGGAAGAACCCAAAGACGCUGAAUUUCAAACAAAUUUUGCAAAGCUUAAUUUGGCUCAGAAAGAAUCAAAUCCCAAUUCCCCCAUGGAUUGUGGUGAAGUCAUUGAUAUUCGAACACCUCCUUGUAACACUCCCGAUCCACAUAUUCCUAACGACAUAUUGACUAGACCUGAUCCUAGUCUAACACCUAGCUCUACUCUUUCUGACGACAGCAACUCCUCUCGAGUUACUGAACUAAAUACAAAUUUCUCUAACGAUUCCUCUGAGUCGUCACCGACUGGUGUUCGUAGAUCAAAUCGCAUUAAAACUAUAAGUAAUUUGAAACAAAAAACAAAAGGUUAUGGUUUGGUCAAGACUCCUCUGAAAAAAGCUUUAAUUACCCAGACAAAGCUAAAAUUGGAGGAAAUGGGAUCUGAUAGUCAAGAACGGUUGUCUGAUGGGUUACAGAGUAAUACUCCUAACCCCUUAACAUUCCCAGUACCAUCAGAAAUGCCAGUUAAAGUUAAAUCACGUUGGCGUAGAUCAAGUGAAUUAGAAAUGGGCGCUAAUUCACCAGCUAACUCUCCUUUGGCGAGCCCCGGUCUGCCUCAGAAACUGCCUCCUUUAGAAGAGUCAUUAAAAGAGUCUGAGGAAGAAAAACCUACGACUCCUCUUACCAAAGAAGCUUAUGACAAAAUAAUAGAAGAGAGAAUGAGUCAGUACCAGCAUUUGGAUGAGAAUGAGUACCUGUGUGAGCGUAUGGUAAGCAAGGAAACGAAGAAAAUGAUUUGUGAUUGUUUUUUGACAAAGGAAGAGCUCGAGAGAGGUGAACUUGCUUGUGGUGAAGACUGUUUAAACAGACUGCUUAUGAUAGAAUGUAACUCCAGAUGUCCAGUAGGUGAACGAUGUACUAACAGAAGGUUCCAGAAAAAAGAAAAUGGUUCCUUAAAAGUAUUUUAUGCCGAUAAAAAGGGUUGUGGAGUAGAAGCGAGUGCAGAUAUUACUGCAGGCGAAUUUUUAAUGGAGUAUGUAGGCGAAGUGCUAGAUUAUGAGCAGUUUUACAAACGUGCACAGACAUAUUCCGAAGAGAACAAUUUACAUCACUAUUUCAUGUCUUUAAAAGGAGACACAGUCAUUGAUGCUACAUUAAAGGGAAAUAUAUCAAGGUUUAUCAACCAUUCUUGUGAACCGAAUGCUGAAACACAGAAGUGGACAGUUAAUGGUGAACUAAGAAUAGGUUUCUUCAGCAAAAGAGACAUUAAAGUUGGAGAAGAAAUUACCUUUGAUUAUCAAUUUCAACGUUUUGGUAAAGUUGCUCAGCGCUGCUACUGCGGGGCGGAAAACUGCCGCGGCUGGAUCGGAGCCGAGCCGGACUCUGACGACGAUUAUGACGAAGAGGAGGAAGACGUGUCGACAUCCAAGUCAGGCAUGACGGUGUCGUCGGAGGACGCGCAGGCGUCCGACGCGAGUGCGCUGCCCGCCGCGCCGCGCGCGCGCCGCCCCAGGGGCGACCGCAAGUACAAGCACAAGGCCUCCGACCUCAUACAGGACGCCGAUAUCGAGGAGGACCUGGAGGUGCUGGGGCGCACGGGCGUCAAGAACCAGGCGCACACGCUGCGCCUGUCGCGUACGGUGGUGCGCGCCAAAACGCGGCGCGCGCAGGCUGCGCUGCUGCGCCUGCUGCGGGAUGCGCACCUGCCGUGCCGCCGCCUGUUCCUCGACUACCGCGGCCUGCGCCUGCUGGCGCCCUGGUGCGCGGACGCGCCGCUGCCCUUCAGACUUGAAAUGCUGCAAACGGUGGACAGACUACCCAUUCCAAACAAAACAAUGGUGCAAGAGAGCCGUUUCUUCACUAUUGUGGAGCGAUGGCUUACUGCCACAGAUGUUCCUGCUACUGAUCCCACUGUGUCUGAUCCUGUAUUCAUUGAUGAGGCUACUGGUUUGCCAAUAGAACUUCCAAAUCGACCAGCCCAAGAUGAAUCUGGCACUGUGGAAAAGUCUAAAGAAAAUGCUGUCAUCUCAGAAAAAGUUAAAGACCUUUGUAAUCAGUUGCUCGAGAGGUGGUCAAGCUUAAAGGAAGUGUUCAAAAUUCCAAAGAAAGAGCGUAUUCAGCAAAUGAAAGAACACGAAAGACAGGCUAACGUCGAAAGGAGAGCAGCGGAUUCUAGUGGUACUAGAGAUCGUGAUCGCGAUCGGGAUCGUAGAGACGACCGCGACCGGAGAGACGAACGUGACCAUCGUGACCGAGAGAGGGAAAGAGAGAGGGAGAGAGAGCGGGAAAGAGAUAGAUAUAGAGAGAGGGAUAGGGAGCGCGAAAGGGACAGAGAUAGAGACGAGCGAGAUAGAAGGAAAAGAAGAAGCAGUCCAGAAGGAAGGCGUAGUAUACGUCUGAGCGAGCGCGUGCUGACGGCCGCGCCGCCCAUGAGCAAGGAGGAGCGGCGGCGCGCCUUCGCCGAAGCGGCCGCCGCCGCCGACGAGAGCCGGCGCCGGCGCGAGCAGGAGCCCUGGCGCGCCGUCUACCCCUGGCACGCCGCCUCGCAGGACAUGUUUCCACAAGGCAUGAUAGGUGGCUCACAAAACAUGAUGGGUGGUCCGCCCAACAUGAUAGGCGGGCCGCCCAACAUGAUAGGCGGGCCGCCCAACAUGCCACCUGAAUGGGUCGGGUCCAACGGAGACUUCCAGGGACCCCCGGGACCCCCGGGAUUCUGUCAGCCUUUCCCAGGACCGCAAUUCUGCGUUCCUCAGUCUAAUAUGAUGGGCAUCAGCGGGUUCGGGAUGGGCGGGUUCAUGUUCGGACAACAGCUGCCUCCACCCUUCCCCGCCCCGCAACAGCAACAACAACCACAACAACAGUUACAACAAACGCCACCCAAUGCGCCGGGCCCCGAGGCGCCCGCGCUGCCGUCCAUGUGGCGCAGUGCGCUGGACGCGCGCGGCCGCCGCUACUACUACCACGUCAAGUUGCGCCAGCCGCAGUGGGCCCCGCCGCCGCCGCCCGACCCCGGUAACACGGCACACCACUGCCACCCCCCUCCCCAUGAGAGUUCUUCAGAAGAAGAAGCGGAACCAAUGACUGCACUCGAGUCAGCUGUAAUCGGACGACCAGUCAAAGGCAAACUCGUUGAGGGAGUCAACGGCAUCUAUGAAGUAAUAAAAGAAGAUUCUCAUAACGGAUUGAUCCCAGAUCAUGCUUUACUCAGUAUGAAACCAAGAAAACGAAGGCCAGGCCUUGUGUCGGAAAGACCAAUUAGUCCUCGCACGGAGGAGGAUAAGCUGGCGGGGCGAAUGGAGGUGAAGCGCUACAAGCAGACGAAGGAGAAGCUGCGGCGGCGGCGCGAGCGCCUGCUGCACAAGGUGCGCCUGCUGGCCGCCGGCAGGCGCCGCGGGAGCCUCUCGCACAAGGACCUCAAGUUCGUAGAGCUAGACGAGACGGACAGCGAGUCGGACGGCGAUUCGGACGAGGCCCUGGAGAAGCUGCCGUCGCCGCCGUCGCCGGGCGCGGGCGAGGCGGCGGGCGGGGCGGCGGGCGGGGCGGCGGGCGAGGCGGCGCGGCGCAUCAAGGAGCAGUUCCGCAGCAGCAUGGCGCGCGUCAUGGUGCAGCACCUCAACCCCUACCGCCGCGCCGACGCGCCCGCCGGCCGCAUCACCUGCACCGCCGACUUCAAGCACCUCGCCAGGAAGUUAACCCACUUCGUGAUGCUUAAGGAAUUGAAGCAUUGCCGCUCUGUCGAAGAACUCAUAGUAACAGAUUCAGUCCGUUCCAAAGCUAAGAUGUUUGUCAAGAAAUACAUGGCUAAAUUCGGGCCAGUUUACAAGAGGCCCCCUGAAGAGGUUGAAUAACGGCAGGUUUGUCAGCUAAAAGCUGCCAUCCGGAACAUUCUAUUAUAACCAUCAGAAUUUCUUUAAAGUGAUACUAAGUGUAAGGUACUGGUGGGAAAUUGUGAUUCUAAAGAAAUAUAGAACUGGCCAAAAUGACUGGAAAAAAAUUAUAAGGUAUCUCAUGUUCACCUCACCCUUAGAAAUAUUCAGAGCAAAAACUAUGGCAAUUAAUUGUAAGCUAUUACAGUGUUCAGAAUCUUUUAGGUGUGAAAAAUAAAUAAUAAUUGCUAAUUUGACAAUGACGAUUAUGUGUUAUAGUUUGGCAUGAUUUAAUUAUUUUUUUUUUUAUUCAUUUUUAUUGUACAAGGAAAAA